GCCUAGACGAAAUACUGGCGUCGUACAACACAAGUCAGGCUCUUUCCCUUGCUAGAAGCUUUGUUCUCGGUGUUCAUAAUAGAAAUGUGUUAAAUCUACGGGUAAGGAUUUGCUAUCCGACUAUACGUGAAUUAUGUUAUGUAUGCUUGAUCGUAGUUUAAGACUCAAAACUUUCUGCUCUUCACUUCUUUUUAUCGUACGUAGGUAGUUUACAUACGGUAGGUGGCUAUCUGGUAUGAUCUAAUGCGCACCUCGACACAAUGGAAAUAAGUCCAAGCAUAUCGCAAGAUGGCGAGAGAGGCCGAAAAACAACAAGAGAUGGGUCAAAAAGUGUAGAGCGACCAAUCCACACUCCGUCGAGGAACAUCAUGAGUAUUGCAUUCCGAAAUCUCAGUGUCCAUGCAUUCGGCCAACAGACGGGAUACCAACGCACCGUUUCGAAUUUUAUCGGUGCAUCCGCAGUAAUGAUGGCAAACUGUCUCAGAAGGGGGCCGAAACUGAGAAUUGAUAUCCUCCAUGAACUUGACGGGAUCGUCGCAAGCGGCGAGAUGCUCCUAGUACUUGGGAAUCCUGGGUCCGGGUGCACGACAACUUUGAAGUCUUUGGCGGGCCAGACAUAUGACAUCUCCAUAGACAAGAACGCAAUCCUAAAUUACCAAGGCCUAUCCUCGAAGCGAAUGUUCACCGAAUUUCGAGGGAAAGGGACAUAUCAGGCCGAAUUCGAUAUACACUUCCCUUCCUUAACUAUGAGGGAGACCCUUGAACUUGCUUACAAAGCAAGAUGGCCUCCUAAGUAUUGGGAUGUCUGCCAGGCUACUGUCGAGUCUGAUGUUCGUGCUUUAGGUCUUUCUAAAGCGCUUGACACUAAAAUGGGAAAUGCUUACGUCCCUGGGGUUAGCGGUGGAGAACGUAAAAGAACAAGUAUCGCGGAAAUUCUUCUCGGCGAUAGCGUCUUUCAAUGCUGGGAUAAUAGUACUCGAGGCUUAGAUAGUGUCAAUGCUCUUGACUUUAUCAAAGCCUUGCGGCGACGUACUACAGAAAACCGCUCUGUCGCCAUUGUGACCUUGUAUCAAGCUGGCGAAGAGAUCUACGAUCUAUUCGACAAAGUGACGGUGUUGUACGAGGGGCGACAAAUCUACUUUGGGUCGACUCGAGACGCCAAGAAAUAUUUUACGGACCUUGGAUACGUCGUUCCUCCUAGGUCUACAACUCCUGAGUUCCUUACGUCUGUGACCAGACCAGUUCGCCUGCGCCCGGCAACGAAGGACGACAUUGGAUGGCUUCCGAGGGGCGCUGCAGAUUUCGCGCAGAGGUGGAAAACCUCCCCUGAAUACGCAGCAUUGACUAGAGAGAUCGAUACGUACGAUAGAGAAUACCCUCUCGGGAACGAGACUGAUCUCCGACAAAUGCGUAGGGAGUUGAAAGGGUUUGAAAAGAAACGAUCUCCCUACGCUCUACCCAUUCCGAAGCAGAUUGGAUUAUGUGUUGAUCGAGGGUUCCUUCGCCUACGUCAUAACCUAGUAGCACCAAUAUCAACCAUCAUAGGGAAUUUCGUGGUUUCUCUCAUACUCGGUAGUAUGUUCUAUGACCAAGAUGAAACAUCUAAUAGCUUUUUUGGUCGUGGAGUAUUACUGUUUUUCACCAGUCUAGUUAACACCACAUUGGCUGCCUUUGAGUCCGUCGCGCUAUGGGAUGACCGCCCAAUUAUCGAGAAGCAUGUCCAGUACGGAUUUUAUCAUGCCUUUACCGAAGCCGUAGCCUCAUUCGUCUGUGACUUGCCCAACAAGCUUAUUCUCACAUUUGUUUUCAACUUUCCGCUCUACUUUCUAAGUAAUCUUCAUCGCACUCCCGGAGCGUUCUUUACGUAUUAUUUAUUUGGUCUAAUGAGUCUUCUCAAUGGGUCAGUGAUAUAUAGGUCUAUGGGGGCCAUGUCUCGGACAUUAGCGGGGUCUCAGCCGCCUGGUGCUGUGCUGGUAGCUCUCUUGACGAUAUAUAGUGGGUUUGUGGUCCCAUUUCGGGAAAUGCGCCCAUGGCUUCAGUGGUUUUCGUAUAUCAACCCAGUGUACUAUGCUUUCGAAGCUAUGGUUAUCAAUGAGUUUUCCGGACGUCGUUUCGAAUGUGCGAGUGGGAGUAUCAUCCCCCAGCAGUACGGAGAUGGGUUACCGUUUAUUUGUAAUGCCGUUGGCGCUCGGCCGAACGAAACAUUCGUAACCGGUGAUAACUACAUUGACGCACAGUUCGGAUUCAAGAGACAUUAUCUCUGGAGAAACCUCGGUAUUUCUUUCGCUAUAUUUGCCGUUUGCUCAACUGUCUACCUCCUCGCCUCCGAGUUCAUCACUAUGGUUCCACCAAGAUCAGAUGUCUUACUAUUCCAGCAGGGUCAUGUCCCAUCUAACCUUCCGCUUGAAGAUGAAGAAACAGGUCCAAUUCUUCGAAAAAGCACCGAAAAGAUGAAGAACGAAGACAGGCAAAGUAAUUAUGAUGUUCUCGGUACCAGCAACGGAGCCCAUCUUUUUUGGAGAGGUCUCACCUACAGAGUCAAGAUGGGUAAAGAGUACAAGGUCAUUUUAAACAACAUAGAUGGCUGGGUUAAACCGGGAACUCUCACAGCCCUUAUGGGAUCGUCCGGAGCCGGAAAGACUACCCUCCUUAAUGUUCUCGCUGAGAGAGUUAGCAUCGGGGUAGUCACCGGUGACAAAGUGGUGGAUACACGCUAUCGGGAUAUUGCGUUCGCCCGAAAGAUCGGAUACGCCCAACAGGAAGAUAUACAUCUUGAUACAGCAUCUGUUAAAGAAGCGCUCACAUUUAGUGCUUUACUUCGACAGCCCGAGCAUUACUCAAAGGACGAACGACUAGCUUAUGUCGACCAUGUCAUUGAGGUGCUCGAGAUGCAAACAUUCCAACAUGCAGUGGUCGGUAGAUUGAAUGUCGAGCAGAAGAAGCGUGUAACAAUCGGGACAGAGUUGGCCGCUAGACCAGAGCUCCUCCUAUUUCUCGAUGAACCAACAAGCGGUCUCGACAGCGACUCGUCCUGGUCCUUCUGCACGCUGCUAAGACGAUUGACUGAUAAUGGACAGGCAAUCCUAUGUACUAUACAUCAGCCAUCAGCUCCCAUACUCACGCUGUUUGACAGACUCCUAUUCCUUAAGGAAGGGCGCUCGGUGUAUUUCGGUAAUUUUGGGCCCGAAUUCCGGACCUUGAUUCAGUACUUCGAGAGCCAUGGGGCACGAAAAUGCAUGCCUCAUGAGAACCCUGCUGAGUGGAUGAUGGAAGUAACCAACAUGGACGACACCGGACAUUCACUAAAGUGGGACGAGAUAUGGAACAGUUCCUCAGAAUGUGCCGUCAUAAGAAGUGAGUGCGAUCGAAUGAAACAAAAGCUAUCUGAGGUCCCAAGAACAGAAGUUCCCAACGAGGGCCAUGUUACUGAAUUCGCGACCCCCUUCUGGUAUCAACUCAAUCUUGUGACCAAGAGGGCUUUCCAGCACGAUUGGAGAUCGCCGACCUAUCUUUACUCUAAGACUCUCACCACAUUUGGCUGCGCAUUUAUCAAUGGAGUAAGCUUCUGGGCGUCCGGGAUAUCGGGAACCACAUCCCAAGAUAUUCAAAACCAGAUCUUCUCCCUUUUCCUCCUUUCUACGAUUUUCGGGACACAUGUACAGCUAAUAAUGGAACGAUUCUACCACAGCCGAACCCUCUAUGAGAACCGGGAACGUCAAUCUCGGACGUACUCGUGGAUCGUAUUUCUUAUCUCGAAUGUGGUAGUUGAGCUCGCAUCGCAAACUGUGAUCAGUGUCAUUGCGUAUGCGUCGUGGUAUUACCCCCUGGGUCUCUGGAGAAACGCGAUACACCAAAAUCAGCUCAAUAGCCGCAGUGGGCUCAUAUUCCUAUUAAUUUGGUCUAUGUUUACUCUGUUCCAAACUCUAUCCCAGAUGCUUAUGACUGUUAUGCCUGAUAUUCCAACGGGUAUCAACAACGGAAACCUCCUAUUUAUGUUAUCUCUUAUAUUCUCCGGUGUUCUCGUGGCACCUAAUGCCCUGCCAGGAUUCUGGAUUUUCAUGUACCGGGUGACUCCACUUUCAUACUACAUGUCCGCCAUCAUGGGAACUGGGCUCUCAGGCGCUCAUGUCACAUGCACCAACGCAUCAGUGGUGAGGCUGGACCCUCCCCCUGGCCAGUCCUGUAACGAAUACCUCAAUUCCAGCGGGGUUCUAGUCCAAAAUCCGAAUGACUACGCGGGUUGCCAAAUCUGCUCGUAUACCGACGCUGAUCAGUUACUGGACAAUUAUGGUAUACACUUUGAGGAUCGUUGGUGGGAGUGGGGUGUCACAAUUGCUUACAACGUAAUUAACAUAGCACUCGCAGUAUUGCUCUACUGGUCUGUAAGGGUACCAAAAGGGGCAAAAAAGCAUAAUUGAUUGAACGGCGAAGUGGUAUCAAUUCCUUUGGAGUUUGGGGACAUCUGAUUUUAGAAAAUUCAUAAAUCCCAUCUUCUAAUUAGCUAUCAAUUCUUCAGAAAUAACCAUUAUUCUAGCA